AUGAGUAAAUGGAAACUGUGUCGUCAAACAUUUGGCAAUGAAGAAUUUGAACUAUCUGAAGGUGAUGAAGUCACAAUUGGGAGAGGUCUAGACAAUACAAUAACUCUUUCAAGCAUAGUAAUUUCUAGAAAUCAUUGCUUAAUAAAAGUAAAAGACAGUGAAGUAUUAGUUACAGAUUUAAAGAGUUCAAAUGGUAUUUAUGUUGGACUAAAGAAAAUACCACCAAACAUUCCAUAUGCCCUAACUGAUGCAGAUAUUAUAGGCUUUGGAUGGACAGUAGGAGCUCCACUUGUAAAGAUUUCAGAUAAUGAGAAAUAUGUAUUUAAAUUAAUAAAAUGCAUUACACCCUUAAAAAAUAGAAUUCUUUUCCAAAACAACACAGAGUCGGAAGAAAUAGAUGAGCUUUCUUCAGAUGAUACAAAGGCAGAAAUUCCUAGAUCAGAUGUAAAGUCACCCAUUUUUGAAACGAAAUUAAGUUUAAAACGUAAAUUAGAAUCUAAACCCAAAAAUGUGGUAGUUAAUGAUGUCAUAGAUAUCAUAUCUGACACUGACACAAUUUCAAAUGCUGAAGAUUGCAUUAAGAAAAUGAAAGUAGAACAACCAGAAGAACUUUUGACUAAACUUGAAUUAAAAAAAGAAUGUGAAGACAUUCAAUUCGAAGCAUUUAAUGUCAAACAAGAGUAUUUGGGGUAUGAUGAACUUAUAGAAAUAAAUAGUGAUAGUGAUAGUGAAUCUGAACUUUUUAUAAGGUUAUCUCAGAGUUCACCAAGUAAACCUUACACUAAUCACAAAAGGAGUGAUAAACAAGACAAACACAAUGAAAAUAGCUCUUAUAGUCAAUUAGAUGAUGAUGUUAUAUUUGAUGACAACAUGGAAAAUAUACACGAAGAGGAUUUUAUCGAUGAUAUAAUUAUGAUUCCAACGGAUCUUCCAGAAAAUAAACUAGAUGAAUUCAAAGAUACUGUGGAUGGAACAAGUAAUAAUUUAGUGACAGAGCAUGUAGAAAUACCAUCAGUUGAGAUAAAUAUCUGCGAUAAAUUAAAAGAUACCGUCAUAAGCACCAAUUUAGAUACUGAGCCAACUGAAAAAGCCAUUACACCUUUAAGUCCACCUGCACAAACUUCCACAGCAAUUACUAAAAAAACUCAAAUGAUAGAACCACUUAUUAAACCAACCAGAAGAAAAUCUCAUCAUGUGAAUCAAAAAAGUAAAAAAACUUCUAGCAAACAUUCCAAAGAAAAAAAACAAUCAUCAACGUCAAAAAAAAGUAUUACAAAUUCUCAAAAAGAAGAAAGAAAACGAAAGCUUAAAGAAAUUGCUUCCAAAGAAAAGGAUAUUGAUGUGGAAAAUAAAGAGAAGGGAUCAACUUCAAACUCAAAUAAAUCUGUAAUCAAUGUUAAGGUUACUACUUCAAAUCGAGGGGCCUUCUUAACAGAUGACUCCAAAGCGGCAGACAAAUUUCAUACUAAAAGAGAUAAAAAAAGCAGAGAGAAAGGGAAAGAGGCAUCUGAACCCAAUACAACAAGCACUAAAACUUCUAAAUCAACUAAAACUACUGAGAAAACUAGUAUAGAUCAAAAGAAUGAUACAGAAUGCAUAAAAACCAUUGAAGCUAAAGAACAAAUACGUCAUGAGAAUGAUAAAUCAAAAACAAGUAAAGAAAAAGAUUCUCAAAAAGAAAGUAACAGUAAAUCACAUUCAAGUUCCCGUAAACCUUUAAAAUCAAAAAGUUCACAAGAACAAAUCCCUCUUAAAAACCUUAAGCCCUUAACUGACAGUCUAGAAUCUCUGCCCGGUAAACCAGUGUCGAAAGUGCAGCCAUUACUAACUCCUAAAAAAACGAAAAAGCAAGUACGCUUUUCAAAUACUCCGCCCGUAGUGUACGAAUUCGAAAUUGAACCUGGUAACCAGAUGAAAAAAACCAGUUCAGUGAGAACGAGUCUAGUGGAUGCGAGGAAAAUGCCAAUAUUCUCAUUAGAGAAGAUAACACUCAUGAAAAUUCUACGUUGGAAUCCGCAGUGGCUAGAAGAACAAAAAUCUUAUGUUGAUCCACCACCUAUUUUAGGACAUAACAAUCCGCCAAUGGCUCUAUUGCAUAACUUUAAUAGUCACAGCCAAUAUGUGGGACUUGUCGGCGAUUUACUUCUCAUGGAAAUUUGGGAAUGUUUAACACAGGCAUAUUCAAGAAAUCACAAUCAAAAUAACGUUUUUCAAUUAAGAGUGGAAUCACUGCCGCCCGUGCCAUCACAAGAACGGUACUUCGAUUUAUGCAAUCUUAGUGUAAACAUUUCCUUAUUGACAUCUGAAGUUAAAAACGUGCCAAGAGUUGGUGAAAUUAUGAUUCUGGAAUUUGGACCAGCAGAUAAAAUAAACCGCAGAUUUUUCUUCGUUCACAAUGUCCGAUGCCUUCCGUCUCCCCCAAAUAAUAAAAAUUCAUUUUUCAGUUUAUCACUUUAUACUACUUUUACUAAUAAAAUAAAAGAUUUAAAACGUGGUGAAGUCAUGAUAGGACGAACCAUAGCUUAUAUCAAUAAGGAGUUAAUGUUAUUCGAUGCAAUGGAAUACUUGGCGGGGUCUCCUUUGAGUGACGCCAUAUUAAGACCUCAGCCAUAUCAUUUCUCCCAUGAUAACAUUACAAACCCAGACGAUAUAAAAAUACAGUGGACUAAGACUCUUAAUUCAAGUCAGAAGUUGGCUGUCGCUAGCUCAGUGUCUGCUGCACUCGGGGACCAACCGCGCAUACAAAUGGUCCAGGGGCCUCCAGGGACAGGAAAAUCCAGUGUUAUUUGUGCCAUCGUUAUGACGUACUUUUAUAACGCUACGAAUGAAAGAAAACAAAAUAGAGGAAAAAUUUUAAUUUGUGCUACGAGCAACGCAGCGGUGGAUGAACUAGUCAUUAGAUUGUUAAACAUCAGGCAAAGCUUGCCCAAAGUGUAUCAAUUAUCUGGUGUCCAUAACACAAGCGUCGUAGCUUACCAUGGAACUAGACGGUGCUGUGUGUUAAUGUCCCAACAUAUUUAUUUAUUGUGGCAAAGUGUCAAGAGUGUAGACGAACAAUCGCAAUGUGCAACAGAUCAGCGGUUCCGCAUGGUGCGCGUGGGGCGGCUGGAGGCCAUGCACGCGCGCGCGCGCGACGUCAGCUCGCAGCAGCUGGCGCAGCGCGACGCGGCGCGCGCGCACGACGUACAGCCCGCGCUCGACGAAGAGAUUUCACAUUUAGAGGCCAAGAUAAACAUGUGGAAGACGGCCGAACGAGAAGCAAAGGAUCGCGUUCGAAUCGCCUACUGCCGUGAACGGAUGUCGCAUCUCGUCAACAGAAUAUCACUAAUCCGUGGUGCCGGUGGAUCCGGAGGGGGCGGCGAGGAGGUGCGCCCGGAGCAGCUGGUGCAGGCCGAGCGCCGCAUCAUAGAGUGCGCCGACAUCGUCGUCACCACGCUCGCCAGCGCGCACAACCACAAGAUGAGAGUUCUCAAAGGUCGCAUAGCGCUGUGCAUCGUGGACGAGGCGGGGCAGGCCAUCGAGCCCGAGGCGCUGAUCCCGCUCACGCUGGACGUCACGCGCCUCACGCUCAUCGGCGACCCGCAGCAGCUGCCCGGCUUCAUCUGCUCGCAGCGAGCAAAGCAGCACGGCCUCGGCGAGAGCCUGUUCUCGCGGCUGAGCUCGUGCGCGGAGGCGUGGGGCGGCGGCGCCGUGCUGCUGGACCGCCAGUACCGCAUGCACGCCGCCAUCGCCGACUACCCCAACCGCGCCUUCUACGGCGGCCGCGUGCGCUCCGCGCCGCCCGCCGCGCCGCCCGGCCUCGCGCUGCCGCCCUACGCGCUGCUCGGCAUCGCCAGCGGGGACAGGGGACAGGGUGCGACGUACGCGAACGAGACGGAGGCGUGGGGCGUGGCGCGCGUGGCGGCGGCGCUGGCGCGGGAGGCGCGCGCGCGCGGCCUGGCGCUGGCCGUGCUCACGCCCUACAGCGCGCACCGCGACCUGCUGCGCGACUGUCUGCGCCGCCUGCAGGACCAGUCGGAGCCGCCGGUGGAGGUGAACACGGUGGACAGCUUCCAGGGGCAGGAGCGCGACGUGGUGGUGGUGUCGCUGGCGCGCAGCAGCGGCGUGGGCUUCCUCACCGACACCGGCCGCAUGAACGUCAUGCUGACGCGCGCGCGCCACUCGCUGUUCGUCUGCCUCAACCCGCUCGCGCUUGUGAAAAACAAUCAAUGGCAGACACUAAUCGAUGAUGCCCAAAGAAGAAAGCUGUACAUAACACUCCCCAGCCGAAUGUGUCAACCUGCUUCCUCAAAAUCGAUCUCUCACGAAGAGGUCUUGAAACAUAUUAUAAUUAAG